GUGCAGUGCUGGCUGUCGUAACCGCGCAGCUCUUCCGAGCUCUCAUAGGGAAUUAAAAGUUAAAAAAAGAAGUUUUAUGGUAUUGCUUUCUCAGUGAUUCCGCGUUCGCGAAAUUUCAACUUCGAUCAAGCCGUCGGCCGACUUCCUAAAGCCAUGGCGCGCGAGAACGGACGCCAAGUUGAACGUUUUGAUGACCUGGACAUAGACGAAGAGGUGGCGGAGUUUUUCAACUCCAGGGAGGAGAAUGACGUCGAACAGGAACUAGUGUACCUCUUGAGAGCCAUGCGUAACUCACCACGUCCACGUCCUGCCCCAACAUGGUAUGCGGUGCCAGCACCAGGACCUUCGGGUAGCGGAGCGCAAGCGCCGCCAAAUCCUCAAGCGCCGCCGCAUCCAAUUUGGAGACCUUAUGCUCUGGAUGGACACUUCCGAGGUGUUAGACCACGCAACAAUCCAGCCGACGUCCAGGCCCUGCCUUACGAGUACGGGCAUCUAAGGAUAUGCAACGGCUGCGCCGUGGCUGCUAAAUCGAAGACUCCGGAGCUGAUCGACAUUAACGGUGCGUCACCAGAGUUGUCUGCGCCAUUCAUUCCGGAUUGGCUGUUCAGGGAGUCCGACGAAGAUGAGGGGAUUUCCAUUUUGUCGAGCUCUGUCUCCGACUGGUCGGAGCUGUCGGGGGAACCUUCCCCGAGCGUGACCCCGGAGCCUACCGAAGAGCAGUGAUGGUUGCGGUACCGCCCGGUGAGGUCUGUGCUUCACGAGGCGGAGCCCCGGCGCGCUCGGAACCUCAUGGCUGCGCGGCUGCAGCAUCUCCACAGUUGCGCCCACGCUCUGCACCGUCUGCAUAACUGGCACAAGCUGCACAAGGCCUACCACGCGCUUGGACACAUUACCACUUUUAUAAACGCUGAGAUGGUUAAGACUCAGCGACGAGAUCUCGAGCCUGUGCUUAACUGGGUGGAGAUGAUGCAACAUCUCGGCAACUGCCACAGGGCCUCUGAGACCAUCACAACGCGUAGCCGCCCCUCCGUAAGAUCUACUGAACCGCGCGUACGCAGAUUACGCCGCAGGAAUAGAAGGGCUCGAGCACGUGCGAUGAAGCGCGUACCUCCCAAUUCUCGGAAUAGAGAGGGCGGGAUGAAGGAAGGUCCGCCUAAGUCCCGUACCGCAGCUGCUGGUUGGUCACGCGACUUCGAUAUGCCAGGUCCAUCACGCGGCUUCGAUACACCGGGUCCUUCACGCGGCUACGAUAUGCCAGGUCCUUCUCGCGGCUUCCAUACAUCGGGUCCACCACGCCACCGCAACUACGACGAUAUGCGAGAGCGUGACCAGGCCCGCAAGCGCGAUAGCGUCCCUACAUGCUGCAUUUGCCAUGGCAGGAACCAGUAGAAUGGCGGAGGACUACAAUUAAAAUUUCGCGUGGAACCAUCCAGCUGCGAGACAUCCGUAUUCGUAUUUCUAAUAUAAUUACAUGAUCUUAACGCAGUCUUAUUGCGCUGCGCCUUUAAUAUAUUAUAAUAAUUGUGCAUUAGUAUAGUCACCGUGCACGAUUCCGGUGUAAUAACAUUUACGAAUUUAACCUUCUGAAGGAAAUUAACAAUGUACGGUUUUCACAUUAUGUAAUAAGUGGCGGUUUAGUAAUGUUUCAACGUAUUAUUAAGAAAUGUUUAUG